UCCAUAGGCUCCUACAAUAAAUAAGGGAAUAUAUGCGCGUGAUAAGGACUUCCCGAUGGUAGACUAAGUUUUCUAUGUUAUUCUCUAAAUCGCACUUACAAAACACGUGUGCGGAUCGAAGAAGCGCACAAACUGAUAUCUAUGUUUUCUUGUUAGUAAUGGAACAUUGGGGUUGGCGCCCAAUGGAACGCACAUUCAAGCUUUGUGUUCCGUAGAACAGCAUGGCAACAGAGGUUGCUGCAAAUGUCAAUUGUGAUGAAGAAAUUACAGCACUGGGCCGUGUCCAACAAGCGAGAGACGACACAAUGGAAAAUGCAGACAGGCCUUCUGAAUUCAACACAACCGGGAAGGGAACGCAACCUCAUGACCCCAGCAGCGGCGGAGGACACGGAGGAGUACCGGGUCCUAUAGCUGAUGGGCAAGGAGGAGUAAGAAUUAAUAAUUCUAUGGAUUCUCAUGGUCAGCAAUCGAUGAAUAUGUCGAAGGAUGGUAAUGUGACAAAGACGCCAAACUGCAACUCAACAGGCCAGUCAGACGGCGUGCUUCCGCAAGCGGGUCGCCCCAACGCAGGCUCGUACAACGGGCCCAGUCCAAACGUUGAUCCGUUUUCAAGCGGUGCUUUACCUCAAUACAUGGAGAAUAGUAGUGGUAAUAAACAAGCGUCUUUUGGUCAAGAUGGUUAUGGUGGUGGAUAUUUUGGAAAUAGAAACAAUGGAGGUUAUGGAAUGAACCAACAUGGCGGACCUGGUGUGACAGGAAAUGCAAACUCUGGUGCUGGAGCCCCCAACCAAGCCAUGGCACACACAAACACAUACAAUCAGUUUGAUGGGAAUAUGAGCUCCAGACCAGGAUACCCGAAUAUGUCUAAUCGAAGUGGAAUGGUCUCGCCGAUGGGCCCGGGCAGUGCGGGUGGUUAUGCCGGCUCACACAAUCCGCGAGCGUACGGUCCGGGAGACCGAAUCUCGAGCACAGCUCCAACUCUUUCACAACUUUUACAAGGACAAAAGCACCCGAGUCAUAAUUUUUCUGGGAAUUUUGCAGGACAGGGUGAUGUAAAUGCAGGAAAAGGACCUGAUGGUUCCAUGGGGAUGAUGGGACAAGGAGGUCCUUAUCAAUCACAGUGGCCCAAUCGAGGCCAUAUGCAACAUCCGAUGGGCCCGUAUCAACGUAGUCAGAUGGGAAUGAUGCCCGAUGGUCAGAGCCCUAUGCAGAAGAGGCCCUACCCUGGUGGCCCUCCUGGACCCUAUCCGAGUCAAUAUGGAGGACGCCAGUACUCUGGCAUGUCACCUCAGAUGUUCCCCAACCCUAUGUAUGCUGGCAAUAGGACGUACAGCGGUGCACCAGGCAGUGGCGCCGGUGGCGGAAGCGCUGGAGGUGGAGCUGGUGGUGCCGUUAGUGCCGGCAGUGGCCAGUUUCCCCAACAGAUGUCCCCUCACUAUGGUCCAACAAGCCAGUCGCAAGGCACCAACUACGGUUCUCCUUCAGGCUACACGCCUCAGGGAGAUGGUAGCGGUGGCAGCAACAGUGCUGGGGGACCACCCUCCCUACCCAUGCCACACCAAGGACCACAAUCACAAAUGUGGAACCAACAGCCGCAGCAGCAAAACAUGGUUCACUCUACCCAUCCACAGCAACCACAACCACAACAACCGUCGCCACACUCUGUGUCUCAGUCACAACCAAGUAACCAACCCAGUCAGCCACCACUUUCACAGUCCGGUCCUGUGGAGACCCAACCAACACCACCUGUGCAACAGCAGCAACAACAACAGCAGCAGCAGCAGGAGCAACGACAACAACAACAACAGCAGCAGCAGCAGGAGCAACGACAACAACAGCAGCAGCACCAAACCUCACAACCUCAACAAAACCAAAACCAACAACAACCCCCUUCUUCUCAGCCACAACAGCAACCGCGGAACUUCCCGAGUAGUAGAAGUAGUAGUAGCAACCAACAAGCUGCCUCGUCACAGAAUUCAUCAUCUUCAUCUUCAUCAUCGUCCAAUAAGGCAGCAUCACAAGAUGGGGCAAUUAACAGACCACCAAGCCUACCAGCACUUUACGGCGACAUGUUUAGAGGAGGCUUUAUGGACCUAUCAGGAUCAUUAGAUGAUCUUCCUACAGGAUGUGACUUCAACAGCCAGUCAUCGGCGGCGGCAGCGGCGGCAGCAGCAGCAGGGACAACAACCGGCUCAGCGUCUGGCAACAACUCCAGCAGCCACUCCGCCUCUAACGCCGCAAGUAGCAGCUCCAACAACCACAGCGGCAGCGGGGGUUCAUCCACGUCGACCGCUCCACCCCUCUCCCCAGCCACCUCGGUGCAUUCGGUACACUCGCCUCACGUGCACCCUUCCGUCACGGCCCUCAGACCUUCGCCUUCACCCGUAGGAUCACCUGCAAGCCAUAUAUCACGCUCUUCUCUGUCGCCAGCUAGUGUUCACGGUGGGUCAAUGACUCCUCAACCGUCUCAGCCACCCUCGAAUACACCGGAAGCUCCUUCACAGACUCCACCAUCAGCUGCUUCAGAAACCAGAGGUAAUUAUGGAAGGCAGACAGGGGGGCCACAUGCAUAUGGUAGUCAUCAUGGCAAUGUGCCGAGCCCUGCACCAAACAACUCUGGCACUAUGAGUUACGAGCAACGGAUGCGAAACAACAACAGCAGUAGUGGCGGUGGCGGUGGUGUAAUGAAUAUAAAGCUGGAAAACAACUCUCAACACGGUGGAUACAACUCAAGCAACAUGCCCAAUGCUAGCCAUGGCAUGGGAGCUAACAAUCAGUCGGGAGCCAACAAUAUGAGCCCUAAUGUAGCACGGGGUGGACCAGGUAUGAGCCCUACCUAUGGAUAUGGAUCCAACGCCCAAGGGCAGAUGCAAAGGACAGAUAGCGUAGGCUCUGGUCCUUCUCCAGGACUCUCACCUGGUCCAUCUCCAGGACCAGGACCUGGUGGUGUGGGUAUCGUCGCAGGAGCACAGGCAGCAGCCGCGGCUGCAGUUGCCGCCGCAGCCAAUUCGGCACACCUCACCAAGACGAGGAACCAGUACCCUUUGAACCAGCAGAUGCAAGGGCAGCAGCAACCCCCUCCACCCAACCCCAGCCAGCAGCAGCAAGGUCCCUACCCAGGGUCGUUCCCCCAGCAACAGCAGUGGAACCAGCAGCAGCAGAACCAACAGCAGCAGCAGGCAGCAUACAGGCAACAUCAACAACAGUACAAUCAGGGCAAUGGUCCCCCGUUUCCUGGUGGUGGUGUACCACCAACAAGCGCAGACCAAACAAACUUUAACCAAAUGCCUUCUUCAGUGCCCAAUGAUGCAAUGCAUGGCUACAUGCAUCCUAGUUCUGGCAAUCAGAUGCCACCUCAUACAGCUGCAACAACGAUAGCCAACACCAAUUCAGGUACCAACAGUACGUCGGUUACCCAGAGCAUCACAACUCCAGUGGCGUCCUCCGUCAGCUCACUAACGCCCAGCACGGCCAGUGAAUCAAGUAGAGACGCUGGCACUCCAGGAACCCCUCAAAUGAUUAUCAAGGAGGAGAAUGUAUUGUCGAGACCACCAUCAGUCCAUUCCAGGCCGUCACCGCUAGCAUCACCGGGCGCCAUGAGUAAAUCAUCCCAGGAGGACAUGGCCAACACCCCAAGCCCUGGGAUGGGUAUGCAACAACAGGGGCCAGGACAGGGGCACCCACAGCAACAGCCACAUCAACCUCCCCCUCCCUACCCUGGCAUGUACCACCACCAACAGCAGCAAUCCCUUCCUCAUCCUCAGCAGCAUCACCCGCAUCAACAACAUCCACAACAGAUGCAGCAGCUACACCAUCCACAGCAGCAGCAACAUCCAGGUCAGCAUCAGCAGCAACAUCCAGGCCAGCAUCCGCAGCAACAUCCAGGCCAGCAGCCACCAACACAGCAACAUCCUGGCCAGCAGCAACCUCCACAACCUCCCGGUCAGCAGCUGCCACAAUCGCAGCAACCACCAACUCCGCAGCAGCCGCCAACUCCACAGCAGCCGCCAACACCGCAGCAGCCACCAACUCCACAGCCAGCAGCGACCCCUAAAACAACGGCACCAUCGACAACCACCACUACCAAGUCGAAGAAGGGGCAAGCAUCGCAAGAACCUGCUAGCAAACUCACAAAUCUAAACUUGCCUAAAAAGUUGUACAAGCUGUACGAGUUGUGCCCUCACCCGGAGAGACGGGCGUUCCUGGAUCGUCUCUUCAAGUUGAUGGAGGAGAGGGGCCAGCCCAUCCGCACCAUGCCGCAGAUCAGCAGUCACGUCUUGGAUCUCUUCAAGCUCUACAACACUGUCAAGGAAAGGGGUGGUGUUAUAAAGGUGUCCAAGAGCAAGCAAUGGAAGCAGAUCGCAAUCGAGAUCGCUGUGGGUAACUCCAACAGUGCGGCCUUCACACUCAAGAAGAACUACAUCCGUCACCUGCUGGCGUACGAGUGCCUCUUUGACAGGGGUGGUAUAGACCCUCAGCAGAUCCUGGCAGAGAUCGACACUACCUCCACAAAGAAGUCUAAAGACUCCUCAUCAGCAGCAGCAGCGGCCGCGGCAGCAGCUAUGAAUCAUCAUCCCAGCCCUAGUGAUCCCUACUCCCAGCAGUUUGGUCCUCAGGGAGGCAAGCCAGGCUUCCCACCCAUGCCUAACCAGAUGCAUGGCUAUGGCCCGCCUUCCAUGUAUGGAAACAACAUGGGCCCCAUGGGUCCACAUAUGGGCCCACGUGGCCCCACCAUGCCCAACAGCAACGUACCUGGUAACAUGCAUCCAGGGGGCCCGGGUGGCCCAGGUGGGCCAGGUGGGGACAUAACGGCUAACAGUGUGAUGGUGUGUGACCCGUUCUCUGAUAUGGACUAUGGGCAGCAGCAACAACAACAACAACAGCAACAGGGCCCUUACCCGGGACAAAAUGCAAUGAAUGGUUCUUUCCCGCCCAACAGCCAUGCUGCCAUGAACCACCCGUUCAGGAACAAUAUGGGAGGAGGGCCGCCCAGUGGCCCGGGGGCUACGGGUGGAGUGAACAACAUGCCCUUCGGAGGAGGACCCCCAGGUCCGGGGGGAGAGUCAGAUCCGUAUUCCAUGCCAAACAGGAACAUGCCUUGCAACGACCCGUACGCAAUGAACAGCUACACACGAAGGGGUGGUAGCAUGGAUCCGUACAGCGGUGGAGGUGGUGGUGGUGGCCAGGUAUCUGGGCCGAUGAACCAGGCCAAUGCUGGGCAGUAUGCUGGGGGAAACCACCCACCAGGAGCUCCUAACUUUGACCAAAACAGGUAUAGUGCAUCACCUACAACACACAUGUCCCCAAGUCCAGGUCAAGGACCCCCAUCAUCAGGUCCAUCUAUGAUGCCUCCAUUCUCCAGUUCCUCCACACCAGACCCGCAGCAGCCACAGCCUCCAUUUCCUUCCCGCUUUGGCUCCAGCUCCAGGCCUACCACGCCCAGUGACUCUCAUACGUCUGCUUCCUCGUCCCCAUUCCUGCCCCCACCCUACUCGGCAGCUGGGCCAUCACCGGCCAAGCAACAGCAGGGCCAGCAGCCACCCGCAUCAGCCAGCCCGAGUGUCCAGGCGACUCAACCCUCACAGUCGCAGCAGCAGCAGCAGCAGCAGCAGCAGACACCACAGAAGCCACCUACACCGAUCCCUACACCGCCCAAAGGCCAAACCCCACCACAGCCGUCUCCUCAGGCUGGGGCUACUUCUCAGCCAUCAGGACCUCCAGCUGCAGCUCAGCAACAGCCACAGCCUGGUGGUCAGCCUCCGUCAGGUCAACCUCCUCCCCAGCCAUUUGGCAAUGAUCACAGGAUGCAGUUCCCUCAGAAAAGACCGAGUGAUGUCUUUCCACCACCCCCUAAGCGGCCAGACUACAUGGGCCAGCACGGUGACGGGAGCCACGCCGGUGGGCCGGGCUUCCAUGGUAUGCCUCCAUACAGCUCGCAGCAGGGAAACUUCUCCCAGGGUGGGUACGGCAGCAGCGACAGGCCCCUGGGCCCAAGCUCGUUCCCGCCCGUGUACAACGACAGACAACAACCACCACACCCCCCUCAUGGCCCUGCCCUAGGUAAUCCUGUAAACUCGUAUCACCCGCCGUAUUUCAAUGAUCCUGGACCCUGGCCACCAGCUAGCUCCGGCAUGGACGGUCCGAUGGACAUGUACAACCAGAGACACGCCCCUACCCCUUCACCUCGCAAUAUCCCUGGUCCAGGCCCUCCUAUGAGGGGGGAACCAGGCUGGCUCAAUUCUAACUAUCCCUUUCCCUCUGAUCAAGGUGCUAAGCGGGACGGGAUCCCACCGGAAGGAUACAGCAAAGGGAUGCCUCCACCGCCAGCGUCCAGCCACUCCGGCCUGGGCCCUUCUCCAUCCUGGGGCAGUGUCCAGCAGCGGCCAGGGGGAGGUGGCAUCAUGAACCAGCAGGCUCCGUAUGGUGGGGCGAGGACGCUCCACUCUGUCCUGACUCAGGGAAUGCCCCCUCGUGGAGGAAGCCAUCACCCUCAUCCUAUCUCCAGCAUGCAGGGGAUGAAGCCUCACAAGCCACAGCAACCGGUCUAUGCAUCCUCCCAGCAGAAGAAAGAGAUGAUCUUCCCGCCAGAUUCAGUGGAGGCCACACAACCAAUUGUUGUCAAGACCAAACGCAGGUCAAGUAAAGAAAUCGGUGCUGUGGAGGCUUGGAAACUGAUGAUGUCCUUGAAGUCGGGCCUGUUAGCAGAGACCACCUGGGCUCUGGAAGUUCUGAGUGUCCUGCUCUUUGACAACAACACUGUUAUGUACUUUGAUCUCAAGCAAAUGAAAGGACUCUUGGAAAUUGUCUGUGAACACUACAGAGCUCUCCUUAUUGAGAUGUUUGGUUGCUUUGAAGAUCUUGAAAUUAGGACUAAAAGCCAAUUGGAUCGUAGCAUCCAAUGUUCAAACACAGAGAUCAAGGAAGAGAAAGAGGAUGAGGAGGAAAAGGUUGAGGAGAAUGAAGUCAAGGAGAACGAGGUUGAGGAGGAUAAUGAGAAAAGCACAACGGAUAAGACUGAAGCAGAGCUUCUUGAGGAAGCAGCAGAUUGUGCUGAUGUGGAGAGGUUGCGUGGUGUGGACAAAACAAAACCCAUCAAGUUUGAUGGAGUUCAAAGUGGAUUCUUCCGCAACCACCAGGAGUGGGAUGUGCACGAAGGGUUCGAUGCUGGUUCGUUACACUGGCAGGAAGGCGGGGGAGAAAUGACCAAGCAUAUUUUGUGUGUUUUUGAGAGGAUUGAAUCGGACGAGGACAAAGAGAAUAACGAUGCAAGACGGACGACCAUAGAGUGGUUAAGACACUGUAGCGAAGAACUGAAGGCAAUCAGGGACAUCGAUGUAGCAGAGGAGGAGAAGCAUGUUACAUAUGUGUCUGAAUCGCAGAAGAAGAAUGGGGAAGUAGUGCUGGAAGAUGAAGAGCAGUUUGUCAAUGAUACCCCUUCACUGGUGACGACGUCCGAUGUGCAAACAUCGUUUGGACAGCGUUGCGUCUGUGUCUCCAACAUUAUUCGGAGCUUGUCCUUCAUACCAGGUAAUGAUCAGGAGAUGGCUAAACAUCCUGGUCUCAUUACAGUGCUUAGCCGCAUCCUUCUUCUACAUCAUAGUCAUCCUCGCAGGAAGGAGCUGCCACAAACCUACGACCGUGAUGACCAGGAAGACCUGGAUCUAGAGUGCCCCAUCACCAACUCUCAUCGUUGGUGGUCCGAUUACCUCGAGUGCAUGCGGGAAAAUGCACUGGUCACCAUCACCAACUUGGGUGGUGUCCUCGACAUGUCGAAAUACGUUGAAAGCGUGACUCUACCCAUGCUGGAUGGACUUCUGCAUUGGGCGGUGUGUGUGUCUGCAUGUGCCCUGGAUCCUUUCCCGACCAUGUCCAGCGACUCGCCUCUAACCCCUCAGAGAUUGGCCAUCGAGGCUCUCGCGAAGCUUAGUAUCCAAGAGAAUAACGUGGACAUGAUCCUUGCCACUCCGCCGUUCCACAGACUUGAGCGACUCUACUCCACCUUGACCCAGUACCUCGGUGAACGCUCGGAUCCAGUCAUGCGGGAGCUCUCGCUAGUCCUUCUCAGCAAUAUAGCUAGGUCGGACAUGAAGGCCAGCCGUGCCAUCGCCACCAAGAACUCUAUCGUCUCAUUCCUCUUGCGCUACAUUGAGGAUAGCGAGUAUACCAUGUCCUGCGAGAAGAACACGCCUCACAUGAUAAACCCUGACCUAGCCAAGCCCAGUCACGACAUGAUGCGUAGGGCCGCUGAUGCCCUUGCAAGCUUGGCUCGAAUCCCAGCCAACAAGGCUCUCUUCCUUCAGCACCAGAACAGACUGCUUAAUCUCUCCAUGUCACCUCUCUUAGACUCCGAAGUCAAGGAGAGAGUAGCAAGUGCGUUAUUCGAAUUGGCACUUUGACCAAAAUCCCUUCUAAAGAUGAACUCUGUUGAAGAAUUUGUCAUAUUAUAGAUUCAUUUUCUUUGACUCGUAAUUGUGAAGAUGCUGUGAACGCGACAGAAGUCUCGCUCUCUUAAAUUGUGGUGAACAAGUGUCGUUUCAUUCAAAUAUAUUUUUAAUCUGGCUUCUUUUUUUUCUUCUUUUUUAUCGCCAAAGAUUUUUUAGACUAUUAGUUCAAAUCUUUUUGGUAGAUUACUAGGAGGUGGUACUGAUGUAAUUACAACAUUCCGAUUGACAUUCUUCGAUUGUAAUUGUCACAGAGGUCUUGAAGGUUACUGCAAUUUCCUUUUUUUUCUUCUAAUUCUUUUCAUUUUAUGCUACUGUGUAGCUUAAAAAUAGUUUAUUAAUGAAUUUGUUCAAAUGUCCUGCUCCAUGUGAUAAAAAUGCUCCCUUUCAGUGCAAAAAUGUAAAUGAAAGACCUUGGUAAAUAUAAACGAUAGUAUGAUACCUUGUAAGCUGUGAAUGCAAUUUGAAUGCGCAUUGUUGUGAAAACCCUCCUUGCCUUCCUGCCUAGGUUGUAAUGUUAAUCUUGAAAUCUGGUAAUUGCAUUGCAUUGCAUUAAAAAUUUGCUCAUAGUCAUUCUGAAUCGUUUUGUGGGUUAUUGAGACUACCAAAAUGUUUAACAGGACCACUUUUUCUAGUGGUUGACACAUGGGACAAAUUGCCCAAUUUUCACUUCAUCCUUUGCAUCAAAACUGUGCUAUUACAUAAUUUCUACCAAAUACAUCUUGAAUGUUGAUCAAUAGUCUUGCACAUUCAAUGGAAGUGUGGUUUGAUCCCAUGAACAUUUCUCUUGUUACCAGAACUCAAUUUUACCCUAGGUUGUACCGUUUUUGUUGAUAUGCUUCUUGUCAUCUCCUGUGCAUGGGAAAUGGAAUGGAACCAAAAUGAAUGACAAUUCAUUACUCUUUAAUUAAGGUGUUUCGUGGUUAACGCCAAAUUAAUUAAUCUAUUAACGGUGCUUCAAUUGUAUGUCAAGUAGUGCAAUCCUCCUUUAAAUAUGUAUUGAAUUUCCUUUAAAUGUUACAUUUUUCAUUUGCUAUGAACUUGAGCCUGUGGUUCUGUUCAAACCCAGGUCCCAUCUUUUUAUUUUCUCAUUCCAUUUUAUAUACAAUUUAUUUGUAUGAAUGUCUAUUUUAUUUUUUGGUUGGUCUUAAGAAUUACAAAUCAGAUUGAACACACUGUGUUCAAGAAUCCAACCAAGCUGUUGCAAAGAUGUAAAUGCAUUGCUACUGAUAUGUAAUGAUCUCAGUUGGUUUAGGCAGUGUUUCGGAGGCUUGAUAUGAACUGUUUAAUAGGUCAGUUGGAGCAUUGCAAUAACACAAGUGCCUGGAAAGAAAGACUACCAAUUCAUACUGUGUCUGAUAUAUCAUCAUCUUGUUGGGGGGAAGAGGCGGUAGACUCAUUUUAAUUAAAGCAUAAUCCCAAUAAAUCUGUGCAGAUGCGGGAUGUUCCUUUGUUUAUUUUUAAUUUUAAUUUUUUAUUCAGAAUGUAAGAAAAUUAAUUGCAAUGAUAAUAGCAAGCUCAAGCAUAAGCUAUUUGUAUAGAGACAAAAUUAAAGAUGUAACAUGAUACCAUUUCACUAUAUUGUGCUGUCAAAGAGGGAAAAGCUUUAAAAAGAAGAGCCAGAAACAUAUAGGAGUACUGUAUUUGAGUUUGACUUUUGGGGCAACUUCAAACAAAGAGGAUAAGUGUUUAAUCAGUAGUUCCAGAGACAUUGGAGUAUUGUAUUUGACUUAAAGCAACCAAGUUGUUUAUGUUAUCAAGUAAGCAGUGGUGUAGGUUAAAGUCUAGAAGAAGAGACGACAGUAAUUAAGGCUUAGUUUAUUUUCCAAUUACAGGUCAUAUGAGCCUUUUCACAUCCUAAUGAAUUCUGUGGGAAAAGCUGAAAAAAAUUGGAAUUGUAAGUUAUCUAAUCGUUGAGGGAUAGGAUAGCCAAGAGACUAAUUUAUAAUUUGCACAGAUAUUAAAAUUGACAGCUAAUAUAUGGAUCUAAUUUUGUACUUAAUUUAAUUUAAUUUAAUGGUAUGUGCUGCUGCUUGCUGCUGUGUGGUUAAAUUAAUAAUCAAAGAAUCAUGGAUCAUGGAAUUGACUAAGAAUAAGAAGUGCUAACGGUAACGACCCAGAAUCUAUAAUAUAUAUGUUAGCUGCACCUGUUCAACUUUUGAGUAGAGGAAACUCAUUGCUUACUAACGAGCAGUAGUUAGACUUGCACCGCUGUGGAUGAAUUGAAUAUGAACUAAAAACGACUGCCUGGAAGCCGAGAGUGAUGUGGUUAGCGAUGUAAACAAACUUAUUUGGGAUAGAGGGGUGAUUGGGACUGGUUUGUGGAGGAAGGUUUGUAGAUGAAUUGUGUAUAGGACUAUUUUUGUAAGACAUGAAUUUUUUGUCAUUGUUUUUCUCACAAGCAUUUGUUCCAGCAAAAAUUUGUAAGGAGGAAUUUGUCAUGGUGCUUUCAUUACAUACAAAAGGAUUUUUUCUUUCUCUCUCUCUCUUUAUCUAUCUCCCUCUCUUUCUCUCUCUCCCCUUUGAGAGAAUUCUGCAGUCGUCUUCUAGAAUUUGAGAUGUCUUCUAGGAUUCAAACGCAGUUUGAUUUGUAUAAAUUUUAUUCUUUCGUUGUAAAGAUUUUUGAUAAUUCAAAUGACACAUGCCUGCUGAGAAUGCAUAGCAGGGGUGUGGAUGUGUACAUGUACGUAGGCGACUCCAUUGAAUCGCAAUUAGCUGCAGGAGGUUCUAGAAAAAAAUUGAAGAGCCAGAUAUUUCUUGCUGACCAGAUUAAUUUGUCUUCAUUUUACCUGAGGAAAUGAUCAAAAUAAAGAGAAAAGAAAACAUUUGCCUUUUCAUGAUACAAGUGUAAUUCAUUGUAAAGAUCGGAUAACUGUACUAUGAGAAGGUGUUUUUGAUUUAUACUUGAGGCAGAUAUGUAAUAUAUGUUUUAUUUAGUGAAAAGUGAUGACGUUGAACUGAACCUGUUGAUUUGUGCGUACUUUGAUAUGUUCUUUUAUGUUUUGUGUAUAUGUUUCAUCUUGGAAGUUAGUUUAGUUCAGUGUACAUCUUACGUUGGUCCUAUGUGCAACUGUCUAUGAAAAACAAAAAAACUUUACAGAGGAAAAUUUCAUUGGUUUUUUGUGUGUAGUACCUAAUGUAGUUUUAGACAAAUCUUUUUUCAAUGUGUAUGUUUCUAGACAUGGAAUCUCUUGACGUUUGAUGAAGAAAAGAGAAUUUAAAUUUAAGUUGUGUAAUUCCUUAACCAGGUGUGUUUGGGAGAUUGAAUAUUGUAUAGGCUGAUGAAGUAUACAGUACAUUUUUUUGUUUCUGUACAUUGCCUGUAACAAGAUAACACAAGUUUAUACGUCAACAUGAAAUAAAAUUGUAAAUAUCACGGAAAA